UGCGGUAGCCGUUGGUGGUGGCGAGGGCGGCGGGCGCGGGGCCGCCAUGGAGGGCGGCGGGAACUCCAAGGGCACCGGGCUCGGCGGCCUCUUCGGCGUCGGCGGGCUCGGGUACUCUCACGCCGACCUGGCCGGGGUGCCGCUAACUGGGAUGAGCCCUUUGUCACCGUAUUUAAACUUGGACCCCAAGUACCUAGUACAGGAUACAGAUGAGUUUAUCUUGCCCACAGGAGCCAACAAAACUCGAGGCAGAUUUGAGCUGGCCUUUUUUACCAUUGGAGGAUGUUGUAUGACAGGGGCAGCAUUUGGUGCACUGAAUGGUUUAAGACUUGGCUUGAAGGAGACACAGAAUAUGGCAUGGUCAAAACCUAGAAAUGUACAAAUUCUAAAUAUGGUGACAAGGCAAGGAGCGUUAUGGGCUAACACUCUGGGAUCACUGGCUCUACUUUACAGUGCAUUUGGAGUCAUCAUUGAAAAAACACGAGGUGCAGAAGAUGACCUGAACACCAUAGCUGCUGGAACCUUGACAGGAAUGCUAUACAAAAGCACUGGUGGAGUGCGCGGGAUAGCACGAGGUGGGAUCGCAGGCCUGACGCUGACCGGCCUCUACGCCCUGUACAACAACUGGGAGCACAUGAAGGGCUCCCUAGCCCGGCAGUCCCUGUGAGCAGGGCAGAGGACACGCUUGCUUAGUCACCAAUCAAAUCAGUUGUGAGAUCUAUCUGGUGCCCCUUGCUAUUUUAUUUACAAUUAGUGUGAAACUGAUGGAAGCUGUGCUGGAAGGAACGUCUUGACACCGUGUGGCUGGACUGGCCCUUCCUGCCAGCCAGUUGCUGGACAGGCAACAAUAUUUGUUGGACGUGCAAGUGAACAGAGUGGCCAUGGCCACCGAGACAGAGUCUCCCUGCCACGCUCCCCAAGCGUGGCAUGCUGGGUCCCCAUAGCUGCUCCUGCUCGCUGCCAGGUUUGUUGGGUGCCUGUAAGGUCUGUCCACAGAGCAUUCCCAGCACCUCACUGGCCAGGCCAGCAGCACAGCCCCAGUAGCCAUGGCACAGGCAGGGCUUGCUAUUCUGACAGCACAAGGCGAGCUAGCACAAGGGACAUCAUCAGAAUAAAAAGGGUGGUACUUACUCGAUACCAUUUCUAUCCUUUGCUCUUCCUGCUGUAGUGUGCUGCAUCCAGUGACCUAUUUAUGGAUUCAUUUUAAAGGACCAGUGUGGUGAAAUCCUGGGGGAAUUGAUGGGUGAGGGGAAGUGGACAAGCAGUGUGGUCAUCUCUUGAUGGGUGGUUAUGGUAAGGCACAGCAGGGCUUGACUUCACUCCCUUAUUUGCUCUAACAAAUAAGGACCUGGUUGUUUAUGGAUGAGAUACAGUUGCUGUUGCAGAACAGCUGCCAGUUGAUUAUCAAAACAUUUGGGUGCUCCAAUAUCUGAGAACUGAUUCAGCCAACAAUUAUAAACCAAACAGUAUAAAGACUGCACUCAUUACCUAUUACAGAAGUUUUAAUUGGCAAGAAAGUUUUUGCCUAAAGUGCCAUUCAUGGGUUAUUGGUGGAAUAAAGACUGUGAUGAACCUACACGUUCUCCAGUGUUAAAAUUAAACCAUGUACCAAGCAUCAUUUGCAGAUAAGUUAAACAGUAAGUUGGGAAUUAGUUCAGCAAUUAGAGUUACUGUAUAACAGCUCAUUCCUUCCACAUUUAAAUAAGCAAACAGGUGAAUUAUUAAGGGAAGACAGGGAAGGCAGAACUAGGGAAAACCAGGAAACUAACUGGUCAGUAAACAACUUAAUGCAAACUAAGUUUUUAUAUUUGAGUUUUUGCUACUGAAAUGGCUCUUAAUAAUUACAUUGCCUAUACCAAAAUAACAAAAAGCAGAAAAGGGAAGGCAGUAGCUCUUACCUUCCCCCAAGAAGUACCACUUUGCUAAGAAGCCUCAUUGGCAGCAAAUAACCACUGAGACCAGCUUUUAAUAGAGCAAGUCUCCAGCUAACGAGCCCUCAUGGGUGAACUCAAUCUUUGCUUGGAUACCAGGUCAAAUUAGAUGCUUUAUGCCAGCACUUAAAGUAGGAUAAAGGAAGCAGGCCUUUUCUCA